ACCACCUCAACUUCUGCACCGGAUUCUCCCUGCAGCUUGCUUGCCAUAUCCCCUGGAGACAUUCUCGACAGCAGCUCAACAUGUCCGGCCCCUCGUUAGCACCAUACGUUCUGAAGCGGCCAUGGCUCAAGCGGUGGAUGAUGCCCUUGGCCAACUGGUACGUCAACACUGCCGGCUACAGAUCACUAGGUCUACGCCAUGACGACUUGAUCCCCGAAGAAAACGACACCGUCCAGCUGGCCCUCAAGCGACUGCCCCCGAAAGAAGCCUACGACCGAGUUUUCCGCCUCAGAAGAGCUUUCCAGUGCUCUCUGUCGCAUCAUCUGCUCCCUCCUGCGGAACACACCAAACCUGAAGACGAUGUUCCAUACCUGAGUCCCAUCAUCGAGGAAAUUGAACGGGAGGAGAAGGAGCGUGCUGAUCUGGAGUCCAUGAUUGUUGAACCGAGAAAGUGAAGUGGCAAGUCGAGGCACCAAGACGGGGGUUGGGCUGGAGUCCAAAACGGAUGCGAAUGCUGAAUUAUUGUACAUACCAUACAACGAGACGGAGCUCGAAAGAAAACUCUACAUGCAACCUAACAUUGCUUAAGACUCUAUGCCUCUACGCGAGUGUACUCUGCUCCAUAACGUCGACAUCCACAUCUUCCACGCGCCACAUGUACCACAUAAACAGACUCCGG